AUGUCAUCAAAGGCUGCUGUCAAUGGAUCGGAUUACAACAUGUGGAUUGGAGUUUCGGAAUUGCUCAUGGCUCGUGGAGAUGAUUUGAUAUAUGCCGAACUGUUGAUGCUUUCAGCAGUUUCUUCUGUAUUAAUCAGACAUGUAAGUUUUUUAAAUUUGUUUAGUUUUAAGGUUCGAGUUGGUUUACUGCGAAAAAUGACCAGUGCCUUGGUAGGCAUUACUUUGGUUUAUCAUUUUACUGGCGUUAAGGUGUUAUAUUCGUUGAUUUCUGUCAUCUUCACAAUUCUUGUCAAUUGGUUGGCUUCUUACCGAUACUUGGGACUUAUUUCAUUCUUAUUUUCAUUCACUUAUCUUGGUUUCUUACGAACGGCUCAUCUUUUUGGUUUUCCUGCCUUGGAGUCACAUGCCAACGCUGUUCAGCUGAUAAUGACAUUACGGUUGGUUGGUCUAUGCUUUGAAAUACAAGACGCAAGAAAUCAAAAGCAUAUGAAAUUAGCAACACUUGAAUCUGUCCGAGAACCAAAUUUUCUAGAAAUUUUCCUUUACGCUUACAGCUUCCCUGGUUUAUUUACAGGUCCAUAUUACACCUACGCAAUGUAUCAAGAUGUAAUGAACAAUAAAGCUGUUAAGUACAUACCGAUGAUGCGAUCAGAAGCAUUUUUCAAUGAAAAUUUAAUACAUAAAAUAUGCGUCAGCCUUUGCGUAUUUUUAUGGAUGCGCUGUAGAAUGUACAGUGCUUGGAUGGUUGCUGAGUCUAUUUGUGUACUAAAUGGGGUUGGGCUUUAUCCAAAGUCAUGUGAACCUCAAGUUGGCCGAGGGCCUGUUUUACGGCAAGAAUACGAGCAAAAAGUCUUUGAUAAAAAUGUUGAAAUGAGUUCGGAAGCUGUACGAAACGUCAACAUAGUUGAUGUUGAGUUUGACUCAACGUUUCGGAAUGGCGUUCGGGCAUGGAACAGAUCUGUGCAGUACUGGCUGGUGGCCUACGUUUACAAACGAGUUCCUCGCACUUUCAGGGUGGUUGUAACGAUGGCAGUGAGUGCUUACUGGCAUGGUAUACAUCCGGGUUACUAUUUAGCCUUCUUUACGCUUCCUCUUUGUACUUUGGCAGAGGAUAUGUUUGUUGCCGCAGUGCCAAAAGAUCGUAGAGGGAAACCAACUUCUGGCUAUCGCUUCAUAUGGUAUCUGCUUAGACAACUUGGAUUUGCAUAUAUGGCUGCAGGAUUCUUGCUGCUCUCCUAUGAGGAUACAUUACGUUAUUGGAAUUCUGUUCAUUUUUACUUUCAUUGGAUUAUUGGUAUCGUUAUAGUCACUAUGUGGUUAAAUAAAGCAUUUUAUUUGGUAGCAACAGGCGGAAAAGGUUUCUAUAUUCUUCAUAACAGAAUUUUAAACUUUAUUAUUUCUUGA